AUGAACAAUUUAAACCUCCGAUGGGAACUUGGAAAAGUAAGUACCGAUGCUUUCCAUCGUGCGGUGCUGAAAAAUGAAUUUGAGAAGCUGAAAGAGGCAACACCAAACGUGUAUUCACAUCGUCGGUCUCAAUUAUCUUUUGCCAUAUCCUCAUUGGCCCUGGACCCCACCGGGCAGUUUCUGCUGUCAACCAGCGAGGAUGGGAGCGUCGCUCUCUGGGCACUCGACGAACAAUACGUCGACGACAAGAUUUGCAACAAGAGGGUGAGGCUUGCUAAGGGUGAGUCCCGCGAGCAAGGCCCAUCACGCCCGUCUAAAACGCACAUCGUGGCAAGACCAGGCAUGCAGGGCAAAAGGCCGCGAUUCCGAACGUACAUCGGGGCUCCACCGCCACCGUUACCAGUGGAGCACCACGCAUUUGCCGUUACAUCAGUGAAAUGGUACACGCAGGAUAAUGGCCUUUUUUUCACGGGAAGUAACGACGAGAAAGUUAAACUAUGGGACACCAAUUCGUUCCAAGUGGUACACUCCCUGGAUAUCGCGCAUAGGGUGUCGCAGCUAGAUACGCGAGAUGAUCUCAUCGCGAUCGCCAGCGAGGACUCACACCCGCGUCUGGUGGAUUUGAAAUCCAUGAGCGCCGCCAUCACGCUGGGCGUGAGACACUCCGGCAUGAAGUUCGGCAUUAACACCGCCAAGUUCUCAACGGGAAGCCACCCGAUGCUGGCAACAGGGGAUGAAGAUGGAAAUGCUCGAGUGUGGGACCUCCGAAUGGGCAACAAGGCACUCUGCGAUCUGACAGAGCCCGACACCCUCGCGAAGGCACAUGCCAAAUCUUGCAACGAUUUGUGCUGGAACCCCACCGGAGGUUCCGAGAUAGUAACUACAGGGAACGACGGAAAAUGCAAGGUCUGGUCGCUCGAGCAAGGCAAGAGUAAGCUGCUUCUGCAGCUUGGUAGCACAGAUCUCAUGCGCAACCGGUUCAAACGACGUACCUCCCACUAUUUGAUGUGGCAUGGGCCUUACGUUUUUUGGAACAGCGACUACGGCGAAGUUUUGGCAUUCCAGGCGCAUGAUGGCAAGCUGUGGAACACCUUCGAGUAUCCUCUUGUGAACACCAAGACUACCAAGACUCCAAGAUUUCAAAGUAUGGCUUUACAGACUAGUCUGAGUAACACAAUUGGCAUGAGAAUGUUUUUGGGCACCGACCACAUCCACGGGCAAGUACUGGAAUACCGCACCUAG